UCAUACCUUUUGAAGAUGGAACAUUUAUUGGAAUGUCUAGCUCCUAUACUAUUUAUUUGGCUGAGUGUAAUUGGUGUGUGUAUCUGUAUAUGUGUCAAUAAUAAUGUAUCCAAGAGAAAAAUAGUUUUCAAAUGCAAUUGUAUUAAUCUUUUGGGAAAAAAUCAUAUCAAAAUUGUAGUUGAACAUAAAUUUGUUGUAUCUUCUAGGUACAUCAUUAUGUCAAAGGUCCAACCUGAAUACAUUUGCUCUUGUUUUUUCACCCAAAAUAUUUUCAUCAAGAAAUAUAAAAUACAUGUGAAGUAUAUUAAUGAUGACCAGUUUGAGAAUGAGUUUAGGCAGGUGUUGCGUAUGAAAGGAUGUUCAACAACUAAUCAAUAUGAAGAAGCUUUGUAUGAGGUUCACAAAGAAGUUUCUCUAAGAAAGUCAUAUCACAAGAAAUUUUUAGACAAUUACCUUUACAUUCAGAGGCACUACACUAAACUAUACCCAGAUAUAUGGACUCUACGGCAAACAUUUUUGGAUAGUAGGUUUCUGACAAUCGCAGCAGAAGCAAAAAAGCCCACCCAAACUAAAGAGUCAUUGCUUUCGUGUAUAAUGCAUAAUGGUGGUGAUAUAACAGAAUGUGAAGUUUAUAAAAUGCCAAUAUUUACUACUGAAUUAUGCUUAAUGCUGAUUAAUGAAAUUCAAAACUUCAACAAUUUUCCAUGUGAAAAGACAAGGCCUAAUACAAUGAACAAAUAUGGGAUAUCCUUGGAUGAAAUGGGCUUGUCACAAGGCCUCCUAAUCCCCUUAAUUGCAGACUAUCUGCAGUUUAUUGCCAAGUGUCUAUUUCCUCAAUGGACUGGUCAUGCUAUUGACUCAUUUAAAGCUUUUGUUGUAAAAUAUGAAAGUGAUUUGGACACAGAACUUAGCAAGCAUUUUGACAAUGCUGAGGUAACAAUGAACAUCAGUCUAAAUUCCAAGUUUGAAGGUGGAGAUUUGCAAUUUUACUCUUCAAGUUUGAACAGAUCAGUUGACAUUUCGCAUGAAUCAAAUUUACAAAUGUCACACAAGGAAGGUUAUGGAGUUAUGCAUUGUGGUAGACAGUACCAUUCUGCUUUACCCAUCAUUGCUGGCAUAAGAUACAAUUUGAUCAUAUGGAUGAGAAGCUCUACAGUGAGAAACAUAUGUCCUAUGUGUAAUCAAACACCUGAUUUAGUCCAAGUUCCUAUAGCUGGGGAUGGUUUCAUACCAAUACCAAAGACAAGAUCACAAUGUCAUCUUCUGUAA